CUUCCUUGAGCGUCCUAACACGUAACCUAAUUAAUAUUCAUGAGCUUAGCGUAGUUCCUUCCUAUGUGCGCAGUGAGUCAACUGCGCAGAGAGCGGAAAAACAAACAUGAUUCAGUGGGUUCAUCAAGCUCCAGCGUUAUUUAUUUCUUGUUGUUGUGGCAUUUAGUAAAACAAGUUAAGUUUAAUCAAGAUCACUUCAUAAGCGCGCAGAUUUGCUUGUCGUGUUUAUGCUUCUUUUAGUUUUCGGUGCUUAACUUUGUUUUGUCAGUGAUGUCCGAUGGCAGUGAAUCCCGCAGAUGCUGAGGCUGAUGAGCUGCCGUCUGUGCUGUGGGGUUUGGACCCCGUGUUCUCCGCAUACUCGAGACUCUACAUAACUGACAUCCUACAGAUGAAAGAGUCCAGACAAGUACCUGGAGUUUAUUUCUACAAGACUCACCCACUCUUCCAGGUGGAUGUACUGGGGACGGUUGUUUACAAGCGGGAGAGAGAAGAUUUCUACUGCUAUGGAGUGGAUGACAGUACUGGUGUCAUAAACUGCCUUUGUUGGAAAAAUGAGAAAUGGAAUGAUCAAGGAGAAUCAACUGAAUGCAGAGAUCCUAGCGGAUCCUCCAGAGGAUUUAACAUUGAAGAUGAACUCAAACGGCUGAAGGAGGCUGAACGGAAGAGCACUGUGCUGGAGAUCGGAGACCUGCUGAGGGUACGAGGAACCCUCAAAACCUCCAGGGAUGCAAGGGAGAUCAGGGCCACCUCCUUCUAUAAAGUAAAUGACCCUUUGAUGGCAGUGCAGAUCAACAUUACGUGA